UAAAAACCUUGUACGAGGAAAUAAAAAUUCCGGUUAAGUCAACAACAACAACGUUCAUAUCCAGACAUCUUGUCAAUGGUAUAUUGGUGGUGUUUUCUUGAUUUUUCAUCUUUUGAAUAAGAAUGCCUCUGAAAAGGAAAGUGGUAGCAAGAAAACGCCAAUCUGUUCAGAUCAGAGGAACCAAAGAAACUUCCCUUAGCCCAAACACGAGUCAAGAAAUAGAAACAUGUCCAGUAUGUAAUAAAGAGAAGCUGGAAGUUCAUCCAAUCGAAAGCAAUAAACUACUGGAAAUCAGAGGAUGUGAUUUUUGUGGACUGCGAUAUCUGCAUAUGAAGCACUCUAAGGCAGGAUCUAAUAUACAUUGUAUUUACUGUUACAAGACUUUCAAUGAUACUAAAAUCUUUCAAACCCAUCUUCAGGAUCAUAGCAAAUUUUUUAGGACUUCAUCACUUCACACAACAAGUUCCUCAUCCCCGAGCUUGACUACACAUCCUCAGGAGGUCAACCCAAAAAAGAGGAAAAGAAUCACACCACAGCCCAGAGAAGAUUCCGAAGGAUUCCAGGUCAAAGGUCAGGAUAUUCCAGAGACUUCAAUAGAGGAUGUAGCUGGAGCGAUCCUGACUCUCGGUUCAUCUCUAAGAAUAUCAAACAAAGACAUACAAAGCGUGGAAAACUGGACCCUAAGGUCAUCGAAAACUGCCAGCAUGAACAAGACUUCCAAGUUAUCAAGAAGUGCUAGUGAAAAUCAGAAAUUUAGAUUAUCUAGAGCUGACACUGUAUUGAUAGGUGAUUCUAAUGCUAACAGUAAUAAGAACCUUGGGAUAUCUAGAUCUGCAAGUGAAAACAAGGCAUAUAGUUUAUCCAGAGCUGACACCAUAGUGAUAGAGCCACAGAUUCAGAUUAGUGACCAAAGCCAGUAUAGUCAAACAGGGUGCAGUGUGAACAAGGAGAGUACCACUAGAAUGACCAGAGCUGCUGCUCUAGCAUCAGGCAACACUGUAGACCUUUUAUCUUUUCUGCUCCCUGAUACUCGACCUACCAGACAAGAUUCUAAUGCCAGCGAUUCCACCACCAUCUUGUCUGAUGAAGAAACUUCAGCUGGACAGACCAGUCUGAAAAAAGAUGAUACCUUCAUAUUGGAGGUGUCAGAUAAUGAAGGGAAUGUUUCUAGUCAGUUCUUGAUGACAUUACCUUCCUUCGAGAAAAUGUCGGAUCUAGAUUUAAAUAAACUGUACCAAGAUGUUCUAAACACCAAAACGUCUUCUGUUGGGAGGUUAGCCAGUGAUGACACAAUUGAUCGUAUCUUGCCUGGAUUUAGCAAAUCCAUCAUCAGCCUCCUUCAGGAAGAUGAAAUGGUUGUUGUUAGUGACCAAAACCAAGGAAAGUCAUUUCAGAUCCGUAGAAUUCCCAGUGGUUCUAGUCCAGCUAAUGACUCGUGCAUCACUCAGGAACUACCAGUGAACAGUGAACAAGACACUGAAGAUAACUCAGCAAAACCUAUAAAGAAGAUACCAGAACAAGUUAAACAAUUAGAUUCUGGAAAAUUAACUAGACAGAGGAAGAAUCGUCAAAAAAAUAAAUCACAGAGGAAAGAGGGGCCAGGCGUUAGAAAGCGAGGUAGACAUGUAGAAAGAGAAACCCACACUUGCUCUGAAUGUGGCAAGGUGUUUAGCCGGCGAUAUAAUUUGAAAGUUCACAAAUACAUCCAUACAGAGCAAAAGAACUUGGAGUGUCAGUUCUGUCAUCAACAGUUUAAACAUGACAGUCUCUUGCGUAAUCAUAUACGCAUCAAGCACACAGGUAACAAGCCUUUUACGUGCGAGACUUGUGGCCAGGGCUUUAUUCACAAUAACUAUCUACAGCGACACAUGCUGCUUCAUGCUGGGGACGUCUGUAAAUGCUGUGAUGAAAAAUUUGAGUCGCGUCGCCAAUUCAAUGUUCAUGUGAAAAACAUUCAUGUGGAACCUGAUUCUACCAAACGCUGCCAGAAGUGCAAACUGGACUUUGUUUCUUUGUUAGAGCUCACUAGACACUUACUAGGAAUGAAAGAUACUGCAUGAUGUUGUACCUGGUACUUCAAAUCUGAAAGUAUAGUUGGAACAAUACAUUUACACGUAUGAUUUCAGAUCUAUAGGGGUAAAUGGGUACUUUUUCAGUGCACAGACUGAAAAGGUGAAUUUUUUAUUCACAUGUACAAUACCUCUGUGUUCUUGACUUCGCAAUUCAGAUUACCACAUGUUAUCCAUGUUUACUUUAAUUAAAAUACAAUGUUAGAGAAAUGUUGGAAGCAUUUUUUAAAUGAAUUACAGGUUGUGAAAGAUACCUGUAGUUAUUAUAUUCUGCGUUUUGCAAGAAUCCCAGGCACAAAUUCAGUGAUGAUAUUUCUGAGAAUAGCCUUGAUUAUUAUGAUGUACCGGUAUACAUGCAUCCUUUACCAAAUUUCAAAAGAAAAAAAAAUUGAAUCAAUUUUUAUCAUUUUUGCUAGGUACGAUUUUAUCACUUACAUCUAUUUUAAAACUUAUAUAAUUUAUGUACACAUCAAUUUUAUUUAUAGGUCUACUGGUCAUU